AUGGAAGCUGAAGAAGGAGGAAAGGUUAAGAAGAAAAAAGAAGAGUUUGCAGAUAUAAUAUUUUCAUGGUCUCUUAAUGACAUUCUUAAUCAAGACCUUUACAAAAACCAGGUGGACAAGAUACCCCUUACUUUUGAUUCGGAACAACAGUAUUUCACUUCUUUUGUUUAUCCUUUGCUUGAGGAGACACGUGCUGAACUAGCUUGCUCUUUGGAGAUCAUACAUAGAUAUCCAUCUGCUCACAUUCUCUCUAUUCACGAGGCCCCACGCGAUGGAAAAGCUGUGUAUGAUGUUGAAGUUGGUCCAUGGAAAAAUAAAACUUUUGAACGUGGCAAACCGCCUUACCAGACAUUACCUGGUGAUCUUCUCAUUUUCAUGCAUGGGAAAGCAGAGUCAGUUUCUGAUUUGCAACACAUGGGAAGUACAUGGGCUUUUUUGUUAGUAAGCAAAAUUACAGAGAAUGAUCAUGAAGACGAUUUUGAAGCUACAGCAUCACGAUUUACAGUUAAAGCUUCACAACCUCUUAAAUUCCAAGAUGGGUUGUUUGUUGUUUUCUUAAAAAAUAUUAAAAUCCAUACAAGGAUUUGGGAUUCAUUGCAUAUAAAUGGAAAUCAGAACAUCAUUAAAGCGGUUCUUGAUCCUCAUUCUAUGGUUAAGGAGAAUUGCAAUACCUGUUCUUUUGACUUCGAUAGUGUAUAUCCUCAAGAUAGAAAUCUGUUGGAUAAGCUGAACGAGUCACAAAGAGCAGCAGUUAUGGCGUCCCUUGUUAAAACGGAAUGUUGUCACAAUUCAUAUGUGGAACAAAUAUGGGGACCACCAGGUACAGGAAAAACUACAACAGUUAGUGUUUUGCUAUAUUUUCUCUUGCAAAUGAACCGUAGGACUCUUACUUGUGCACCAACAAACGUUGCUCUGUUACAACUAGCUUCACGCAUGCUAAGUUUGGUUAAGGAAUCAUCUAAAACUACAACAGCUAAUGGUGAUUCCUUUUGUGCUUUUGGAGAUAUCCUUUUGUUUGGCAACAAAGAACGGUUAAAAGUUGGUGCAGAGAUGGAAGACAUAUAUUUGGAGCAUCGGAUUGAAAGGCUUACAGAGUGCCUCGGGUCUUUGACUGGUUGGAAGCAUUGGAUGAGGUCUAUGAAUGAUUUACUUGAAAACUGUGUAUCUCAGUAUUACGUCUCUCUAGAAAAUGAGUUGUUCAAUGAAAACCAACUUGCAAAUAAAAAUAAAAAUGAAAGUAAAACCAGCAAAUUGCAAGUCAAAUCAUUCCUUGAGUUUGUGCAAGAUCAAUUUGUUUCUUCUGUAAUGCCACUUAGAAGAUGCAUUUUUACAUUCUUGACUCAUGUCCCAAGAAGCUUCAUGAAGGAAUACAAUUUUCAUAGUCUGAUACAUCUUUUGGAUAACUUAAGUUCAUUUGAAUCGUUGUUGUUCGGGGAGAAAUUGGUUUCAAAAGAACUUGAGCACCUUUUCUCAUCUAAACCGUUGCCUGAUGAGUUGGAGAAUAUGUCGUUGAUUAAUUCUGUUAGAGCCAUGUCGAUAUCAAUUAUAAGAGGACUGCAAAUAUCUCUUGAAACACUAGGUCUUCCAGAUGUUGUAAACAGACAUGUAAUAGUAGAGUUCUGUUUCAAAAGAGCUUCUCUUAUAUUUUGCACAACAUCGAGUUCCUACAAGUUGCAUGUGGUUCCAAUGAAGCCUUUGAACAUUUUGGUCAUAGAUGAAGCUGCACAGUUAAAAGAGGCCGAGUCCACUAUUCCUCUUCAGCUUCCUGGGAUGAAGCAUGCUAUUCUCAUUGGAGAUGAGUGCCAAUUACCUGCAAUGGUGACAAGCAAUGUAUGUAUUGAAUCUGGCUUUGGACGGAGCUUAUUUGACAGACUGAGUUAUGUAUGCCAUUCUCGGCAUCUACUAAAUGUUCAGUACCGAAUGCAUCCUUCCAUCAGUUUUUUCCCUAAUUGGAGGUUUUAUCAAAAUCAGAUCCUUGAUGCAGAAAAUGUAUUAUGUGAAAGUGAUGAAAAGCGAUAUCUUUCAGGACCAAUGUUUGCAUGGAAAGACUCGAAGAAGAAGCUUACUGUAGGUGUUAUAUCUCCUUAUGCUGCCCAAGUUGUUACAAUUCAAGAAAAACUUGCACACAAGUAUGAGAAACUUGAUGGUUUUUCAGUAAAUGUGAAAUCGAUUGAUGAGUUUCAGGGUAGAGAAGAAGAUGUAGUUAUUUUAUCGACAGUCAGAUCUAAUAGCCGUGGAUCUGUUGGAUUCAUGUCUAGCCCACAAAGGACUAAUGCUGCCCUCACCAGAGCACGACAUUGUCUAUGGAUUUUGGGAAACGAAAGAACUCUGACUAAUAGUGAAUCUGUAUGGGAAGAACUAGUUCAAGAUGCAAGAAAUCGCCAUUGUUUGUUUGAUGCUGAUUCUGAUGAAUGCUUGAAUAUGACUGUUAUAAAUACAAAGAAAGAGCUAGAGCAACUUGAUGAUCUGGUUAACGAAAAUAGUAUCCUUUUUAAACAUGCAAAAUGGAAGGUCCUGUUUAGCGAUGACUUCAGAAGAUCAUUUGGAAAACUGACUACUACUAGAUUAAAGAAGCUUGUUUUAAAUCUUUUGUUGAGACUCUCUGGUGGCUGGCGGCCUAAAAAAAGAAGUGUAGACUUGCACUGUGAAAAAUCCUCGCAUAUUCUGAAACAGUUUAAGGUUGCAGGGUUAUAUGCUAUAUGCACAAUUGACAUCAUCAAGGAAUUCGAUUAUGUACAAGUUUUGAAGGUUUGGGAUUUAUUACCUUUUGAAGAGAUUCCAAAACUCACAAAGCGUCUUGAGAAUAUAUUUUCUGCAUACACGGAUGAUUAUAUUAAUCGUUGUACUGAAAAAUGUGUGGAGAGGAAUUUGGAUGUUCCUAAGAGUUGGAUGGCAUCCGAAGAAAUUACAAGAUUUUGUUUUGUAAGGAAUACUGAACUGAGCUCUGGUGAUAGUGAAAUUCAUGUUGAAAACUCAAAGGUGAAUGAAAGCUUGUUGCUUAUAAAGUUCUACCCCUUGUCAGAUGGGGUUGUGAAACAUUUGCUUUCUGAUAAAGAACAACUCGAUCUACCCAUGCAAGUCAGUGAUGAACAAAUGGAGAUCAUUCUAUUUUCGAAAAGCUCUUUCAUAAUUGGGCGUUCGGGAACCGGAAAAACCACUAUAUUGACUAUGAAGCUGUUCCAAAAUGAACAGUCUUUUUAUUUUGCUUCUGAAGGGAUUUAUGAAGGGGAUAGGAACAGUAUCAGUGGUUCAAAAGGUGUUGAUGAAUCUAAAGACCGAAAACCAAGUGUUCUCCGCCAACUUUUUGUGACUGUCAGCCCAAAUUUGUGUCAUGUUGUGAAGCAACAUGUUUCCCACCUCACAAGCAUUUCAUGUAAUGGGAAUACAUCAUUAGAGGUCAAUCUUGAUGAUCCCGACUUGAUAUCAGAAUUCAGUGAUAUCGCAGACACAUUUAUUGACAUUCCAGUGAAAAAAUACCCCCUUUUUAUAACAUUUCAUAAGUUUCUUAUGAUGUUGGAUGGCACUUUGGGGAAUUCUUUCUUUGAAAGGUUUCCAAAGGCAAGAGAAGCUUCUCAUGGUAACCAUACAAGUUCAAGAUCCGUUGCAUUGCAAACUUUUUUAAGACUAAGAGAGGUUACAUAUGACAGAUUUUGUACACUUUACUGGCCUCAUUUUAACUCAAGUCUUACCAAGAAACUUGAUCCCUCCAGAGUGUUCACGGAAAUUAUAUCACACAUAAAAGGAGGCUUGCAUGCAGGGGAUUCCAGUGACGGAAAGCUAAAUUAUGAGUGUUACUGUUUAUUAGCUGAAAGUCGUUCGUCCAAUUUAACAAUAGAGAAAAGAGAAACCAUUUACUACCUCUUUCAAGCAUAUGAAAGGAUGAAAAAUGAGCGAGGUGAAUUUGAUUUGGGUGAUUUAGUGAGUGACCUCCAUCACCGACUUAAAAAUGGACGCUAUGAAGGAGAUAUUAUUGAUUUUGUGUAUAUUGAUGAAGUUCAAGAUCUUAGUAUGAGGCAGAUUUCCCUUUUCAAAUAUAUAUGCCAAAAUGUCGAUGAGGGCUUUAUUUUUGCGGGCGACACUGCACAAACCAUUGCCAGAGGGAUUGAAUUUAGAUUUCAGGAUAUUCGAUCUCUAUUUUAUAAAGAGUUUUUAACCGCCAGGAUAACUGGAAAACAAGAAAAAGCUCUGUCUUAUAUCCGGUGA